GUGCUACAUGGGCAUGUCAGCGCGCUAGACUUGUGGUGUGUUGCUAAUGUUUUGGCUGUCUUUAUACAAUGAUACCUUUUAGUUUAAGCAUUCUCUGAUUAAAUACAACGACCCAGUGGUCUUCAAAAAACUUGGUAUGUUGCUUCAUUUGUCAGUGCAUGUAAUUGUUUUUAAGCCAAUAGAGAAUGGAUAGCUAGCUGAAAGCCAGGCAGCAGGCGAUGGAGUGUUAGCUUGCUAACUAACGUCAGUUGGCUAUACUUGCUAUAUUUGAUCUCAGUGUCAUGAAAUGUGCUGAAUGAUAAUGACGUUAGAAUUAUGUCUCUAUAACAUGCUACUAAGCGCAACACAAGGCAUGAUCCUAAUAUUGUUGCUUGCCACCAGCUAUACAGUUGAAUCAGAAUGAUUCAGGGAGUUGACAGUUGAUUUUGGGAGUUGAUAAUGGUGCUGACACUUUGCAAAUUUGCAAACCUUUUCAACAUGAACUACAGGAUUCCAGCUGUUAGAUAAUUUUGGCAUUUUUCUUGUAGUUAUUCUAGGUUGAAAGCCACUUAAACCAUCUUUGCAGCCACUUAAGUAAAAUUAAUGUUCAGCACUCUAUGCAACCGUUGCAUUACUUUUUGAUUUGCUUCCUUGUUUUUGACAGAAGGCAUGGCAGAACAACAUGCCCCCUCGGUGGCCAUGGAUGCGGUGCUGAUGCCCAGCACGGCCCUCCCAGACGACAUGCCCCGUAUCAAGGGCUAUGACUUCAACCAGGGAGUAGACCAUCAUGCCCUGCUCCAGUCCUUCCUCACCACAGGCUUCCAGGCUAGCAGCGUUGCCCAUGCCAUACAGGAGAUCAACAAGAUGGUGAGACACACUGGAGGACAUCUAGCCUGGAAUCCUAACAGUGAAACUAUGGUGAAACAGAGCAUAAAACGUUGGAUUCCAGGCUAGAUUACAUCAAUCCAUCUCUGGAGGUUUAGGGAGUUAAGAUGCCUUCUCAGAGCCUGGUCCCAGAUCUGUUUAUGGUGUCUUGACAACUCACAAUGACCAUAGGAGUUGGCAACACAGCACAAACAGAUCUGGGAACAGGCUAAUGUCGUCAUGGGGUCAGAGGAUGUCCCACUCUGUGUAGGAGUUGAUCUACUAGGUCUACAGAUCUAGAAUCAGCUGACCUAAGAUCAGUGUACAGGGGGGAACUAGGGAUCCUACUCCAAACAUCCCUCGACAUAUAGGGGAUAAGAUGCCUAGUAAUUGGGCAUGUGGAGAGUUAUGUUAGCAUGGGCAUGUGGAGAGUUAUGUUAGCAUCCAAGUUGUUGCCAUUUAUGUAGACAUAUGUCAUUCCUGGUCUGAUUCUAGGCCAGUUUUUUGGGGGGAGAGAGAGAAGAGAGAUGGAGAAGAAGAGGGAGAAAUGUUUAAACCCCUUUGUUAGAGAGAGCUUCUAUCAGACUGUGUCUAUAUUCCUCUCCUUUUGUCAUCCAUUUAUAACCCCAGAUUGAGAAGCGUCUGGAGCCACAGGAGGAAGAGGAAAGAUGCGACUCCUCCCCUUCCCACUCGGGCUGUACCAUCUUCCUGGGGUACACCUCCAACCUCAUCAGCUCUGGAGUGAGGGAGUCCAUCCGCUACCUGGCACAGUACAAAAUGGUACAGUACUAUACAACAGCCCACCCUUGUAUGUGUCAAAAGCCAGUCCUCCAUCGCUUAGUGUCUGCUGGUUGUCAUUCCUCCCUUGUACUUGAUCAAUUAAGGCGUUUGAUUAGUAGGAGGGUCAAUAUCACCAUAAGGUGACUUUGAGACUUCCCCAUUUCCCCCCAAAAAAGCUGAGAUUUUCCAUUGAACUUCAUAUUCAUUGUAUUAAGUAUAUGUUAUGCUGUUAGAAAUGCAUAUUGGUCAAGCUCCCACACUUUUUAUAAAUUAACUGCAAGCAGACAAUUUACAUGCAAACAGCAAAAUAUGUCCACCCUGUCAUGGACAAUUUCAAAGCAGAAUAAAUACAUUGUAAUUACAUAGUGAUUAUAAAACGUACAUUUUCAGAAAACUAUUUAGUCACUUUCUCAACAAUAUAUUUUAGUUUAUUGGAAAAGUAUUAUUUGGAUACUAUUAUAAAUUAAGUUGCACAAAUAAAUUUGUUCUUUCCUUAAAAUCUUUGCGAAAAGAAAAAUUUGCACUUUUUUUCUAAAUAACAGGUCUGACAAAAACCCUGGAGUCCUCUACACCGCUCCGCUGACCGCACCAUCAAGGUACGUCAGGUUAGCCUGGUUAAACCAGUCUGAAUGCUGUGAAACAAUGGUGAACCAUGGCGUUUCUGUCUGGUUUAUGCCAGGCAUAACUACACGAUUUGCCACGUUUUUGCCGUCCCAGAUUGAAAUUUCAUGAUCGGGGUAAAAUCCUAUGAUUUGACUAGUGUCAGUACUUCGGGACCCAUUUGUUUGAGGCGGUCAAGGACUCACCGAUGAUGGCUGUUCUGUUCUCCGGAGGACCCCUGUCGGAUGUCCCAAUAUUUUUCUGACAUGUCAGACAUUUUUGUUGUGUAUCUUGUAGUAUGAGCGUGCUACACGCGAUUGUGCAAGGUCUGCUGCCAAAUAGCCAAUGAGCAUUCAGCAUGUGAGACCACACAAAGAGGAAACAACAACAACAAAAUGCAUGGUGUGGACCAGAGGUGUGGAAGAUUUUUUGUUUUACAUGGCCGCGGUGCCAAAUGUGUGGAGUUAGAUAUUUUCGAACCAUUCAUUGGUCCUUAAUUUGAAACUCCACCCACCUGGGCACCGGCCUUGCAAAACGAAUUCCAGCAAUAUAUAUUUUAAUUUAUUUGUAUUUUUUAUUUAUUUUAAAUCUGCGUCCAUGGUAGAAACCAAAAAAGAAUUUCAUAUUAUCAUUGAUUUCAUAUGAAGUACAUAUUCCUGGGCCUCCGUCUUUUUUUCUGUUUUCUGCACAUAUCAUGUGGCACACUAUAAAGGCGCUUACUGUUUGCCGUGUCGGCAUUUUUUUCCUACGACAACGAGAACACAGGUAGCUAGGGAAUCAUCGUGUAAUGUGAGAACCCCCAUCCUUGGGUUGAGGAUGGACAGAAUGCAAAGAUUUGAAGGACUGUGAGCCACGUCCCAGUUGUUAAGAUUUUAGACAGCAAAUUAAGCCAGGCUUACACCCUGGAGCCCACUAAUUGGAAUAGAAUAGAAUGUCUUUAUUAGUCAUGGGGAUGGGAAUUUGUCUUUGCAUCACAAUCACUAAUGAUUAUAACAUAUGUAGUAAUUCUCUUCAGCUCUUUGUAAUGUAUUCCUGUUUAGGGGUUUUAGAUAGAUUUCUACUUUAUUGUCCUCAAAGAGGAUGAUAUUUUCACUCCCAUUUGCGUCGGCUAAUGCUGAUCUAUAAAUCAAAUCAGUUUACAACAACAUUACCCAUUAUCAAAAACCGUGUUGGCCGUUGAUGAACAUGGAUGUACAAAUCCAUGUUUCUCCUCCCUGUUCCUAUCUUAUCAACCAUUCAUUUUUCCAGGUGCACCUCCCCUGUGCCCCUCCAAGGACGCUGUGAACACUGCACACCAAGCAGGCGUCAAUGGGGUGAGUCUCCUCCCCUCUCUCGUCACAUUGGUCCACUUUUUAUUUUAGAGAUCCUGAUGGCUUGUAGGUGUCUGUUAAUCUCUCUCCUUAGUCUCCUACCUUUAUCUGGUUGAAGAAAAAUGUGUUUUCUCUCUCUCUCUCUGUCUCUCUCAUCUCUCUGUAGUUGAUGGGAGGCAGGAGUGCGUGGGCUUCGCCUCAGAGAAAUGUGUGGUUGAGGUGUGGAGGGCAAGGAGGUGAGUGGGGCCACAAGGGCCACCACACCCACCCUAAUCUACUUACGUUCCUGAAGUGAUGCAAGAUGACUGACGUAUAAUGCUCUGUCAUUUACAUGAACAACUUUCUCAUAUGCAGUGAGAAUGUUGAUGUGAAGGACCAGUGUCUUAGCUUUACACCCCAAAACUAUAUACAAAAACUAAAAUAUUUGUGUCUGUGUGAUUUCCCAUGCAUUUUUUCAAAGAAAAGAACACACAAAAAAGCUCUAGAAAAUAAUUGUAUUUUUCUCUGUGACAAUUGAAAUAGAUGCAGAAACACAAUGGAAAGAAUCAGUCAAGCCGUCCCUGACACGCUGAUUGUAAUGUAUUUUGUAUAUUAAUUUAUGAGCAUGGUCGAACUGUCAUAAAUUAUGUGUCUAGUGGCGUGCUUAUACUCAGUACCACACCACUUGUUUGUCAAUUCCACUGUUUGGAGUUCUUCCUCGUUGUCGUUCUCUCUUAGGGUAACUACUUUACCAACUCUUACCAUGUUACGGAAUGCUCUUUUUAUUUUUUUAUUUGAUUCUGCACUGUUGAGGAAAGCUGGUAAGUAAGCAUUUCACUGUACAGUUACACCCGCUGUAUCCUGCACACGUGACGAAUAAACGUUGAUUUGAAUCUGUAGCGUCCCAGCAUCAACCUCGCUCCAGUGGCUCGUUAGAGUCCAAAACCCAAUAGUACUGCAUUGUUCACUCAUUAUUUCUUACAAGUUAUUGUUGUUACACACACUGAUACAGUCUGAGGCUACAGUGUCUAUGCUGCUCUCGUUGGCAUGGAGAUUGAUUGUUGCUAACUCCUUAUCUGAGACCAGACUUCACCUGCUGCAAGAGAGCCCUCUGACUGCAUAAAAAUAACCAAAUGAUUCAGAUUUUGUAAAUAUGCUUUUGUGAAUAUGCUAUGUGUGAUUUCUUUUGUUAUGAAUUAAAAUGUUACACUCAAUCAAUUAAUUGUUAACAAGUGUACCCUGUCGUUCUGUAAUAUCAAGAAGAAGAUAAACGGUUUGCUCUCCUUUGUUAUUGAGACACUCUGGACUGCAAGCCAUUUGUUGAAAUUACAGUAUGACCAUUACUGUACCAACCAGUCUGUUUCUGCUUUAGCCAACACAUUAAUGUCUGACAUGAUGAAGUAGGACAUGUUGAAGUAGCCUGGCAUCAAAACGUUUCACUGUUGUUGAUGAUGAAGCACUGUUGAAUGCAGCACCAGAGCAGUGUCCUGAGGCAGCCUUUCUACAGCAGGACACAGGUCUUCUUGUCUUUGAAGGGGUUGGAGGAGGCAGAGAUGCCGGUGAGGAGGGGGUCAUGCGACUGUGCUCCUGACAGUACUGCACCAGCUGGGCAGCUGCUGUGGAGAUCUGGGAGGAAGAAGAAGUAAGGAACAGCCAUGACUUAAAGCUGAGGUUAUUGUAUAUCAGAAGAAAGGUGAUGCCCAAUAUACACUAGUUACUGAUGUGUCCUAAGACAAGAUUUCCCUUUAUCCAUUCUGUAUCAGACUGCUAUGCAUUGCGCCCACAAUUUCUUAUUUUUGAUUCAUCAAAUGAAAGGAAAUAUAGAUCAACCAAAUUGUCAUUCUCCAAAUUAAUUACACACACGGCUACUGUAGUGUACUCUCACCUUGAUCCUCUCCAUGCUUGCCUCCACUCGUAGUUGUUCCACAGUCCGCCGUGCCUGCACCACACUGUUUACUGCUGCCACACCUUCCCUGACAUUCCCUCCUCCAGAGAGACAACCACACACCCCACUUUUAGUCAUACAUCAAGCUGAAACUCCCCCUUCUUUCCACGCCAACGUGAAGAGAGAGAAAAUAAGAUUCAAUUGAAUCAAUUGUUGAAAGAGUAAAAUGUCAACUUGCCGAUCACAAACUGUUCCACGCUCCAAAUAUGGCUUUAGAUUUGCAAUAAUAAUGUAGAAGUUACUGUUAUACUCAACACAGGUUUAUGUUGACCAAGUCCGACUGAGGUCCCAUUUCUGUCAGAGUGGCUCUGCCUCCCUUUUUACCUCUGUCUCCCCCUCUUUGUGUUGACUGUAGAGGCCACUUCAAAGCUGCUGUUGCUGUGGUGUCAGUUUUAAAGUCACACCACACAGUCCUGGAAAGUCACAGCACAUCAACACAUCCCUCACUGAUGAUAAAAGAGACUGGAGGGAGCAGGGAGGACAGGAAACGGUCUGGCUGUGGGAGUGUGUGUGUGUGUGUGAGAAAAAAAUAUUAAUGUUGACCCCCAUAAUGAUAAUCAUAGGAAGGAUACAUACAGAACACAAUCUUUCACCAGAAUGCGUUGCUAUGUUUGAACCUUUGCGGUGUCCGUAGUUGUUUCCAAAGCGUGCUACAUGGGGAAUGUCAGCGCGCUAGACUUGUCGUGUGUUGCUAAUGUUUUGGCUGUCUUUAUUACAAUGAUACCUUUUAGUUUAAGCAUUCUCUGAUUAAAUACAACGACCCAGUGGUCUUCAAAAAACUUGGUAUGUUGCUUCAUUUGUCAGUGCAUGUAAUUGUUUUUAAGCCAAUAGAGAAUGGAUAGCUACCUGAAAGCCAGGCAGCAGGCAAUGGAGUGUUAGCUUGCCAACUAACGUCAGUUGGCUAUACUUUGAUAUCAGUGUCAUGAAAUGUGCUGAAUGAUAAUGACGUUAGAAUUCUGUCUCUAUAACAUGCUACUAAGCGCAACACAAGGCAUGAUCCUAAUAUUGUUGCUUGCCACCAGCUAUACAGUUGAAUCAGAAUGAUUCAGGGAGUUGACAGUUGAUUUUGGGAAUUGAUAAUGUUGCUGACACUUUGCAAAUUUGCAAACCUUUUCAACAUGAACUACAGGAUUCCAGCUGUUAGAUAAUUUUGGCAUUUUUCUUGUAGUUAUUCUAGGUUGAAAGCCACUUAAAUCAUCUUUGCAGCCACUUAAGCAAAAUUAAUGUUCAGCACUCUAUGUAACCGUUGCAUUACUUUUUGAUUUGCUUCCUUGUUUUUGACAGAAGGCAUGGCAGAACAACACGCCCCCUUGGUGGCCAUGGAUGCGGUGUUGAUGCCCAGCACGGCCCUCCCAGACGACAUGCCCCGUAUCAAGGGCUAUGACUUCAACCAGGGAGUGGACCAUCGUGCCCUGCUCCAGUCCUUCCUCACCACAGGCUUCCAGGCUAGCAGCGUUGCCCAUGCCAUACAGGAGAUCAACAAGAUGGUGAGACACACUGGAGGACAUCUAGCCUGGAAUCCUAACAGAUAUGCUCAGUGAAGCUAUGGUGAAACGGAGCAUAAAACGUUGGAUUCCAGGCUAGAUGACAUCAAUCCAUCUCUGGAGGUUUAGGGAGUUAAGAUGCCUUCUCAGAGCCUGGUCCCAGAUCUGUUUAUGGUGUCUUGACAACUCACAAUGACCAUAGGAGUUGGCAACACAGCACAAACAGAUCUGAGAACAGGCUAGUGUCGUCAUGGGGUCAGAGGAUGUCCCACUCUGUGUAGGAGUUGAUCUACUAGGUCUACAGAUCUAGAAUCAGCUGACCUAAGAUCAGUGUACAGGGGGGAACUAGGGAUCCUACUCCAAACAUCCCUCGACAUAUAGGGGAUAAGAUGCCUAGUAAUUGGGCACGUGGAGAGUUAUGUUAGCAUCCAAGUUGUUGCCAUUUAUGUAGACAUAUGUCAUUCCUGGUCUGAUUCUAGGCCAGUUUUUGGGGGGAGAGAGAGAAGAGUAGAUGGAGAAGAAGAGGGAGAAAUGUUUAAACCCUUUGUUAGAGAGAGCUUCUAUCAGACUGUGUCUAGAUUUCCUCUCCUAUUGUCAUCCAUUUUUAACCCCAGAUUGAGAAGCGUCUGGAGCCACUGGAGGAAGAGGAAAGAUGCAACUCCUCCCCUUCCCACUCGGGCUGUACCAUCUUCCUGGGGUACACCUCCAACCUCAUCAGCUCUGGAGUGAGGGAGUCCAUCCGCUACCUGGCACAGUACAAAAUGGUACAGUACUAUACAACAGCCCACCCUUGUAUGUGUCAAAAGCCAGUCCUCCAUCGCUCAGUGUCUGCUGGUUGUCAUUCCUCCCUUGUACUUGAUCAAUUAAGGCGUUUGAUUAGUAGGAGGGUCAAUAUCACCAUAAGGUGACUUGAGACUUCCCCAUUUCCCCCCCAAAAAGCUGAGAUUUUCCAUUGAACUUCAUAUUCAUUGUAUUAAGUAUAUGUUAUGCUGUUAGAAAUGCAUAUUGGUCAAGCUCCCACACUUUUUAUAAAUUAACUGCAAGCAGACAAUUUACAUGCAAACAGCAAAAUAUGUCCACCCUGUCAUGGACAAUUUCAAAGCAGAAUAAAUACAUGUAAUUUCAUAUGAUUAUAAAACGUACAUUUUCAGAAAACUAUUUAGUCACUUUCUCAACAAUAUAUUUUAGUUAUUGGAAAAGUAUUUGGAUAAUAAUGAAAUUAUGGCAAACUAUUUGUUCUCUAUAAAAUCUGCGAGAGUUGCACUUUCUUUUCUAAAUAAAAUCUAAAAAAAAAGAUAUCUGGUCAAACUUUCAAACAAUACUAUUUGCCCUCAUUUGUUUAUAAAGGACACACAAAAGUUUGCUAACUUGUGAAAAUAAUUUUAUUUCAUAGUGAAAAAUACAUGAAUGCGGGGGACCUGGGUUAUAAAGUGUGUAACGGUUGUGUACAUAUCAUAUGUGGUCUAAAUUCUGUAAAGUAUGUCAUGGGCUUGUGACUGAAUUUGGAAUUUGCAUUUUCACAUGGUGGACCUUCACUUAGCAACAUACUACAGUUAGCAAGCUGACUGUGUACUGUUUUACAAAUAUAUUUCAAAGUUCUGAUAGGUUUUUCUAUCAAUUGAUAUUUCACUAUGACAGAGUGGACAUGUUAAGCUUGACAACAUCCAACUACACACAUAAUAUGAUGAAAAUUAUGAAACAUAAGUGUAAAUACUUACUCUGCAACUAGACACUGCUUCAGCCUUCAUUGAAGAAAGACAAAAUGCUCGUAGUGAUGUCACUGAAAACAUCAGUGGGUUUCUUAAAGGGGCAGUUACCCCAUAAUGACAGGGUGGACAGCAAUUUCAGGGACACAUGCAAAAUGUUCAAUAUGAUUAUGAAAAUACAAUAUACAUGAUCAAAAUGACUUGUUUUAUCAAAUAACUUAUUGUGGACAGUAAAACCAUGUAAAAAAUUUGGGAUUUAGUAUCAUUUAACCACUUAUUACACACACUGUAGUUAGCAGAGCAGUGUGUGGGACAUGCCAAAAUCACGUACAACCAAUGAAAAAAAUGUAAUAAAAUGAAGGAAACACUUUUUUAGAGACUUAUCAUUCUACUGAUAUGUGUGCAAAUGUUUGGCCACUUAUAAUAAGACCUCAGACUUUCAUUAUAUUCUGCUACAUUUUCAUGAUGACUGAGUGAGUCUGAUGAGGACACCAAAGGCACCUCAUAGUGAUAUUGACUCAGGAGCUGCCUUCACCUGUUUACCUAGGUCUUAAUUGGACACCUAUUGAAAAUAAAUAACAAAAACCAGCAGAGACUGCAGCCCUCCAGGAAUUGAGUUUGACACCCUUGCAACAUACACACUCACUUCAAGAUGCCAGUGUUUAUAGGUGAAAUGCUACGCUAGUAAAAUGCUACAUGUGUUUGUGGACCUUCCUAAUAGGUGGACGUGAUAGUGACUACAGCGGGGGGAGUCGAGGAGGAUUUCAUCAAGUGUCUGGCCCCCACCUACCUGGGGGAGUUCAGCCUGUCUGGCAAGGAGCUGAGACAGAGAGGCAUCAAUAGGUAGAGCACUAUCACCUCUACUAUGGAUCACAGAUCAUAAUACAAUUAAGCAAUAAGGCCUGAGGGCUGUUCUUAUGCUCGAUGCAACACGGAGUGCCUGGAUACAGCCCUUAGCCGUGGUAUAUUGGCCAUAUACCACAAAUCCCUGAGGUGCCUUAUUGCUAUUAUAAACUGGUUACCAACGUAAUUAGAGCAGUACAAAUACAUUUUUGAUAUACCACAGCUGUCAGCCAAUCAGCAUUCAGGGCUCGAACCACCCAGUUUUUAUAAUUGUUAAUAUUUGUUGCUGUAUCAGUUGUGUGGGUACUGUCUAAUACACUAAAUUGUCAUUAAUCAUUUCUCUCUUUUCUCUCCUCUCUCUUUCUCUCUCUACGAUAGGUAACCUCCUGGUACCUAAUGAUAACUACUGUAAGUUUGAGGACUGGCUGAUGCCCAUUCUGGACCAGAUGGUGCAGGAGCAGAAAGAUGAGGUGAGCUAAUUUAACACUUCAUACAGGAAAUGUCAUCUUCACCAUCUGUGUCUGGGUUGUAUUCAUUGGGGUACAAUGUAGCAAAAAAGUUGAACAUCACCCUGGUGUUGCUGGUAUUGUGACAUUAAUUUGACCUUUGACCUCUCAACCCUCUAGGGCACCCACUGGACCCCGUCCAAGAUGAUCCACCGCCUGGGCAAAGAGAUCAACAACCCAGAGUCUGUCUACUACUGGGCCUAUAAGGUGAGGACUGGAGGGAUUCACUGCUUUCAUCAGCCUGUCCUUGAUAUAAUACAGUAGAUAUCAGUGGAAUGAAUUGAAACCACUGCUCUUUGCCCUCUCUCUCCAUUUGUGAAGUAUCUUUAUCAUUCCCCUCUCUAAACUCACCAGUAUAAUGUACAGUAGGGGCUCAUGCCCCUCAUUGGCCUCACCUUACACUAUCACUAUGACCUCUACUAUGGAUAACGGAUCAUAAUACAAUUGUUCAUAUUUGUUGCUGUAUCAGUUGUUUGCGGGUACUGUCUAAUACACUAAAUUGUCAUUAAUCUUUUCCCUCCCUCCCUCCCUAUAGCCCUCAUUGAGUUACAAUAGGCUUUAUUCAUAUAAUCAAAGCUGUCAAUAGAUUUUCAACCUCUGUGUUGUAGAAUGACAUCCCAGUGUUCAGCCCUGCUCUGACAGAUGGAUCCAUUGGGGACAUGAUCUAUUUCCACUCCUAUAAAAACCCUGGGCUGGUGCUGGAUAUAGUAGAUGGUAAGAGAGAGAGGAGACAUGAUAACUGGGGUUCUGUCUGUGUACAUUUAUAUUUUUGUCAUUUUGCAGACGCUCUUAUCCAGAGUGACUUACCGAAGCAAUUAGGGUUAAAUGCCUUGCUCAAGGGCACAUCGACAGAUUUCUCACAUUGUCGGCUCAGGGAUUCGAACCAGUGACCUUUCGGUUACUGGCCCAAAGCUCUAACCGCUAGAAUACCUGCUGCCAGUUGUUCUUUCCUCUGGUGAUGUGAGACCGCACACUUGUCUUGCUUUACAUUGUAACUACGUAUCUCAUCCACCACAAACUUGCCACUUGGUGACAUUCAUUCUAGAUAUCUAUAUGCUCAAUAGUAUAUGUCACUGUUUUGGUGCUUGGUUUUAUAGUUAAAGGGUGGUGUGUAAUGUAUCGUGCUGAUGACACAGUCUGUGUUUUGUUGUAGAUAUCCGUAGGUUGAACAGCAAGGCAGUGUUUGCCAAGAGGACAGGGAUGAUUAUUCUGGGUGGGGGCCUGGUCAAACACCAUAUAGCCAAUGCCAAUCUGAUGGUAAGUAACUACUCUUGUUCAUUAAAAUUGUCUGUAUGAUCAUAUUCCUUAAUUAUAAUGUUGAUGUAAAUUAUGAACUGUUCAAUUCACCUAUUUUCAUAUAAUGUUGUGCUAUCGCAAUUCACCAGUCAGAACGUUAACGUGCUUAGCAGUGUUGGAGAGUAGUACAUUACAUGUAGUUCAACUAGUAAUUUAACUACAUUUUGCAGUAGCUUGGUGGUAGUUGAACUAAAUUCUAAUCCUGGUAUUGUUUCCAGUAGUUAAUUACUUUUUUGCCAUGUAGCGGUGUAGCUAACUACUGGAACUACACACUACUUUUUUUUGCAAAAAUAAAAUAUGGAUGAAGUAGGGAAUAAUUUCCUUUCUUUAUCAGGAUCAGCCCUGCAUAAUUCUCACUUGAAACAUAGUUUUUGUGUUUAUUAGGCUAAAUUACACAUUCUGUUAACAUCUGACUCCAGUGAUCUGUUCUUGCAAUUUGUGGUCUGACAUUUCAGUCCCCCCCCCCUCCCCAGAGAAACGGAGCGGACUAUGCAGUGUUUGUGAACACGGGGCAGGAGUUUGAUGGUUCAGACUCAGGGGCCAGGCCUGAUGAGGCAGUGUCUUGGGGGAAGAUCCGCAUGGACGCCAAGCCAGUCAAGGUAACUCACUCACCAGUUUCACAGCAUCAAUAUUAGACAAACAUUUUUUCCUGAAUUUAGCAAGCUAUCUUAUCCCCAGUCUGAAGGUUAAUGGAUGGAAUAGAAUAUAAAAUAAUGUUUAUUGGCCAUCUGAAGAUGGAAAUGUGCUUUUGGCCUCACCUUACACUAAUAUAGAUUAAGUGAAGGUGUAACUCGGGGUCAAACAGGAGAGCAGCGGCCCCAGAACUCUUGAUAGAUGCAUUAGAUCUACCAAAGACAAAACACAGACUCACGUUGAACCUUUUCCAAUGGCUCUUUCCAUUCCCAUCUCCAGAACGUUCUCUUAUGAUCUGUAUGUAUGGCUUUCUGUUUCCUUUCUGUGCCGUUUUGUUUCUCUCUCCAGGUGUACGCUGAUGCUUCCAUAGUCUUCCCACUGCUGGUAGCUGAGACGUUUGCUCACCAUGCUGACAAGCUGAUUCCGAGAAGAAAGAAUAACCAAACAAACCAAGGUGUUCCCACUCAACACAUAAAGGAAUAAUCCACAAAAAACAACUCUUUGGUUUUGUUUUAUUAGUCCACUGUUAAUACAGUCCCAAAAUGUUUUGCAUGUCAGCAGUCAAGUUUUCAAGAUAUAGAACUUUCAAAACGCUAAUUGUCUCUUGCCACAUUGUCAUAUGAUGCAUUAUCAUGAUAAUCUCUCUUUGUGUCUAUUUUUAGAUAUGAUGAUCUGUUUACUGACUAUUCUCUCCAUUAUUUCAGAUA